AUGGACGCAGGUCGUAUUUAUUACUGCCACCUCCAUAACAUUGCCCGUGUAUUUAUUGAUAUUGCUUGCAAUUUGUCAACAGCCAAAACUGUCGCCGUUCUACGUUCUGAUGCUUUCACAAGUAGGGCGUCGCUGAUAUCCUCGCCUUACUGUGCUACUUCUCUGCGACUACGCUACUGUUUACUUCAACACAUACGACAGAUGUGUUGGUAUUGCGCUGAUCUCUGUACAACGAUAUGUCACUAUAUGUCUGAGUGGAAAACCCCUUGGCAAGGUACUGUUCCUUAA